AAGAAGAAGUUAUGCAAAUUAUAUUUGGCUUGACAAUACUUGGCAUCCUCUGGUCACUAUACAUACACACGCUUGACGUGGACAGUUGACGAAUACCACGCUCUAGAAGUAUUUGCUGAUACAAGCAAUCAAAUUUUGAGUUCGGAUCUUGUGUUGAACAGUUGAACGUUAUGAAGGGGGCUUUUGGAGUUUUUAUUUUCCUCACAGUGAUGUUUACCCUGACUUUUGCCGCAUUGGUACCGCCUUGCGAUGAAAUAUGCAGAAAACCUGCAAACAUCUCACCUCCUGGUUUUGAAGAAGUGAUUCGGGAAUGCUGCAAAGCCCAUGGAUAUCGAGGCAACGGGUGGUGCCUUUCUGGGGACAGAAUGUGGUGUGCUUGAGUAAAGAUUUCCUCUUGUUCUAAUCCUAAGACAUUGACAAAUAAAUAUAUAUGGUCAAUUGUGCCAUUGCGAGGUAUAGCCAUCCGUGAAAUAAAUUUUAAUACAUAUGUAGCAUUUAAAAUUAUUGUCUCAGUUCAUUUGUCACCUGGCAUUCAACUUGUGUAAGUUACAUAAAAUAAAAAUGUAUGCAUUUGCUUUUCAUAUGUAGCAAUCAAAAUCAUGUAGGAAGUGAUGUUUCUUGUAUUAAUUAUAAUCCAUAUUUUAGACAAUAAAAUGGUUAAACUGUUCUUGAUAUUAUUAGGUAAAUAGAUAGUUAUUAGUUUAGUUUGUUUUUCUGUUGUGCAUGGAUUGGUCCACGCGAACUCUAGACAAAACUUUUUCCAUGUUUUCAAGGCAGUGUAAUGUAAACUUAAUCUAAAUAUGUAUGUGCCGGACUUCUGGAGUAUUGGUUAAUUAAUGGAAUAAUACACAUGACAAGUAAUCAAUUGUAUUUUAUAAGGAAAAAGAAAUACUUAGCGUUCCAUUGAUGGACACGAAGUUUUGGGCAUAAUGGAAAAUUGUAUGCAAAACUUAUCACAUUUUCACAUUCGCAAUCUCCAAUCAACACUUACAUGUCUCUGUAAAGUUUACUUACUCCAAAUUUUAGAAGAUGGACCGAUUUAAUUUCUACAAACUUAUGACUUUACUUGUUGGUUCCAUAAUUGUUAUCCAAGCCCCGAAAUGGACAAAUUCCUUUAUUAUGAGACACUACAAAUUAUCGCUGGGAAUUGAAGCUAUAAAUUUAACACAGACCAAAGACCCUCUCAAGCUAUUCAAAAUGUGGAGAGACGAAGCAAACACCUUGUCAACUUUGAACCCCAGACCUGAUGUCGUGACGAUCGCAACAUUGGGAGAAGAUGGACCUUCCACACAAAUUGUAAUGCUGCGAGAUAUUAGCGAUACCGGAUUCAAAUUUUAUGUUACAACACCAGUCACCAAAAAUCUCGCCCAAAAUAAUAUUUCAUUCACGGUUGUUUGGACCUUUAAAAAAUCUGAAGAAACAUUUGGGAUGCGUUAUAUCACCGUUCACGGAAUUACUGAAAAAAUCCCUGUGAACGAAACAAAAGAAUUAUUCAAGUUGGAAACGCCCACCUCAAAAAUACGGCUUAUCCUUCAGUCCCAGAAAAAUGAUAAGAAACAAAAUUUGUCGGAACGCCUCCAACCUUUACUUGACAUGUAUAACCAAAAUCCGAAACAAUUUCAUAAACAAGAAAUGCCAUCAGAAUGGAGUGGGUACAUCAUAAAGCCAAAAACCUUGGAGUUUUUUCAAGGGACAAAGGCAACGUUAGGCCAGCGGAUAAAAUUCUCCAAAAAAUCUGACGUCAAAAAUAAUUCUACCAAUUUGUUAUCGGACGGUGCUUGUGGGGGAGAAAAAGGGUGGAUUUUUCAAGUGAUGGAACCAUAAGAAUAAUAAAAAUAGAUUCAAAUGCAAAGGUUUAUUUCAUAAAGAAAUUAUAUAGUUCAAACCCACAAUUUUUGAGAAAUAGAAUAUUUUGAAAGCAUAAUAACACACAUAUCUAAUCAAAUUUACCAAUCAAACGCUGCUGUCUGUCAUCCUUACAAAGUUGCGUGCCGACCUGGCUUCCUCUUCAUAAAUAUUUCAGUCAAGGUGUCCAAUUUGUCCUCCGUCUAUUUCCAAAGAAGAAAUCAAUAACCCACCGCCCACGUCAUGGACAAACUAAUUGUGAUGGAAUGCACUUCUUAACAAAGACAUGUUUUCAUGUUUUAUUACACAACAAUUGUGACAGUACAUAUGUAGAUGUAUAUAGCUUCUAGGUCGAUUAAUAUCGAAAAAUGUACCUGGAUACAACAAUAUCUUACAAGCCAUACAAGAAAAUUAUAGUGGAAAGUUGAGUCGGACUUUAUGCAUUGCAAAAUUGAAAUGCAGUAAUAAUGGUUCACCUCUGUGUAAACGCUUCUUUCUGCCAUUACUCAAUUGAACAUUUUUAUAAAUUCAUCUUGCUUACUCCAACAACCAGAAUAAAAUUACCAUCAAACCAGUUGCAAAGCAGGGAGUUGAUAUUAAUUAUUUGCAUAAGUGACCCCCGUUCUUUAUUUUUGUUUGGCAGUAUAGCCAAACAAAGUAAACAGUUACUUGCACAUAUUUACUGCAAUUUCAGCAACGAUGAGAUGAGAUGAGAAUGAACUUCCUAAUAAAUGUCGUAAAGUUCAAGUGCAGUUUUACACAAAACCUGUGAACUAUCGGCUCUCUUGAGAAUUUAGGAGGUAAUGAAGGAUUUGUACGGAUUCACUUUUCUCCUAAUAAUAAUUUCUGGAUCGCUCAGGUUUUGCAAUGGCAUGCGACAAAAUGUUUGGUCUAACUACGGGCAGAGUUAUGACACACCUGGAUCACCACAGUUAAUAAUACCACAACCUCCCCCUCAACCAGAACCCAAUAUUAUAUUUCCAGGAGAAGUCGACUAUUCUGGGUCUUACAGAAAUCGUGCAGGUGCAAGUCCCAGUGGAAGGCAUUAUAAUGGGGAUGCGUUUGAUAACUAUGGUCCCAAUAUAUUUGAAGAUGGGCCUCGACCUCGGAAUAAUGACGACACAAGACAAACGCGCUGCACUGGAGUUUGCCUUCAUGCCUCGCAAUGUGCAUCUUUAGGUGGUACUUCGUCGCAAAUAUGUCCUCGUGGUGGUGCCAACUCGGUGUGCUGCCAGUUUGCAAAUUCAUGCAAUCAUGUAACCAGUGAAGUGGUCUCAUUCUUUAAAUCUCCUGGAUAUCCAGGACCAAUGGUUGGAAAUCUUAUUUGCCAAUAUGACGUGCUUAUCAAGUCUGGGAUUUGUGCCGUAAAAUUAGAAUUUAUCGAGUUCAACACUACAAUUCCGUUGGACCGUGGAUUGUGUAAUGUCGAUCAGCUACUCGUCAUGAAUUCUGAGGAGGGUGCAACAUUUCCAAGAUGCGGAGAAUUAACUGGCUAUUCUACCAUUGUUCCAACCGAUGCCCGACACAAGCUUCCUCUCACACUUCUCUCAAUAAUUCAAAGUUCCCAAGAAAUGUUCAAAUAUAACAUUCGUGUGAGUCAGAUCAAAUGUGGAGCACCGCCACGAGUCAAAGACUAUCCCUCGUGUGGAAAAACAUUUAUGGUGGAUCCCGAUACGCCCAAAAAGCAAUCAUCGGGCGAAGAAACAACGACUUCCGUUCCAAGUGUAGAUCUCGACAUUGAAAACGUCGUUUUCGACGACACUGAACAAAUAUACUACGCCAAUUCUAAAGUUGACUCGAGGCAAAAUGUAGACAAUGCUUUUUACAUUGCAUACUUGAAGCAAGCCUACGAGGCAAUAACGAAUUCGUCUAAUAAUGGAGGAAAUAGCACCCUUUGCAAAAAUAAGAAGGAGGAAACCACCACCGUUGGACCAGAAAAACUUCGACAUGCGACGAGUGGUGCUGUCUUUGAGGAGGAAGAGCUUGGUCGCAUAAUUCGUGGGGAUGAAGCAUUUCUUAACGAAUUUCCGUGGCAAGUUAGCAUCCAAGAUGACAAAGGUCACGUGUGCGGUGGAGCCAUAAUUUCGCCAGUUUCGAUCCUCACUGCUGCACACUGCUACAUGAGUAUUGCACCAGUUCCAAUUCAAACCCUAAAAGUUAUCGUUGGGGACCUUAACUUUAACUCUACAACGGAAGCAAUUGAUGAGCGAGUGUCGGUGUCCUCAGUCGUCUUCCACUCACACUUUGACCCAUACUACUUGGAAAAUGACAUUUGCUUAAUUAAGCUUAAACACCCCAUCACAUUUAGAGCUGGCGUUCAACCAGUGUGUCUCCCGGAACGAGGUAACUCUUACACAGGUCAAAGUGCAGUCAUUUCUGGCUGGGGUGCCACAACUUAUCCCCACGGGAAAUUGGCGACAUAUUUACAAAAAUCUAGCAACCGGAUAAUUGAGAAUGCCGAGUGCAAGAAGAAACUGAAGAUCGAAUAUUUGUAUGACACCAUGAUUUGUGCCGUGGCUCCGAACUGUUCUGGGACUUGUUUCGGCGAUUCAGGUGGUGGACUAACAAUUAAAGGAGACGAAGGACGGAAUACGUUGAUCGGUUUGGUUAGCUUUGGGAUCGGUGGGUGUGCCCUGUUUCCAUACUGGCCGGAUGUUUACACGCGAGUCACUGCUUUUUUGGAUUGGCUGGACUAUGCAUCGUUUUAAUAUGACCAUGUACACAUGUUUACCACUGUAUUUAAAUAUAUACAUGGUACGUAUGUAUAUAAAUAUGCAUACAUACAUAUCUUAAUUUAUUUAGAGAUGAGAAGUAUACACACGAGAAUAAAAGAUUUACGACAAUUCUUUCUUGAAAUUAUAAAAUUUUGAUCCCAAUAAGAAUAUUAAUGCUACUAAAUGAAUGUAUUAGAUCACUGGGAGAAAAUUUACACGCUUACAAAUCUACUACGUAUCCAUCCACCUUUACAAUUUCGACUGUUUAUUUAGUUAAUAAAGUACGAGGUUUACAAACCUAACACGUGCAAUCAAUAAACUCGUCAAACUGUUCA